AUGUCCUGGGGGCACGACGCGAAUGGCAUGUGGCUCCGUCCCAAGUCUGCCAUUCAGUCUGCCUACAUACGACUACCUGUCUGCAACCAGUCUGCGCCUAUACGCCAAUACGUGGACGCGGGGGAGACGAGGAUGUGGUCUGUCCAGGUCAGAUCAGAACCCACGGCAUCAUCGAGAGCGUGGCUUGCUGCAUGCGUGCCCCGUACCCUUUUCCCACCACCACCACAGUACUUCUUCUCUUUCGCUUUCGCCGUUCAAGUUCUAACCCGUGAGAUUGGUUCAUCCAAUCGCGAGGCCGGUUACACACGCGUACAUGAAGCCCGGGCCAAACUUCGCAAGGAGCUCUCACAAGUUACCCAGCAAGCGGAGGGGGGUGGAUCAAGACAGCUCGCCCGAAAACUUCCCUUUUGCGUGGCGCGCGUGAUCGUCGACUUGUCGACAAUCUUCCGGCUUCCAAUCCCAGUGUUGCGGGAUUUGGGGGCCGGCUGCUACCGUACCAAACCCCACGAUCUGCACAAAAUCCCGGAUUGGGGACGAGUACGGCGGAAUACGGGAGGCUACGGCUACACGGCCUUGUGUAACGAAAUCCUUCGUAAACUCGCCAUUGACUGUUCUAUUCCGGUGUCUACCGGUAUUCAAUCUCUCCUACCUUUAAUCCUCCCGACUCCCUCCGUUGGGAACGGGGGAAACGAUAAAGACGUGGGGGGUUUCCCAGAAAAAACGGUCCCGUGCCGUCCGAAGAUAAGUGAGCGGAAGGGGUGCUUUGACGAUGAAUCCGGAUUUAAUGCGGAGGAUAACGGGAGAAAGACACAACCCUUGAGUUUCAUACUUUUGAGCCCUUCCGAACUACCCGCACGGUUCACUUAUUGCCGUGGCCCCGACGGCCGGACGGACGGCCACCUAGAUCGGCGAGGGGAGGAGCACGCUGGACCCCGCCAAACCAACACUCUUUCACACGCAAAAGAGUCAUCAGUAAUCAAUGAAACCCGUCAACGGGAUCCAGCACACGCCCACACCCAAACCCACGCUUCACUCACGCGCGCUCUCGCUCCCAUGAUUCCCAAUCCCAACUCCGCGGUAAUGGCCAAGUGGUCUAUGCUCUCUCUCUCUCUCCUGCUUCGUAAUCACCUACGCACUCCCGUCCUCUUAUUCCCACACCGCGGGAUGACGAGAUCAGGGGUCUUUUGCGCGUAUACUCCAUACAAAUCAUCAGACUGCCCCCCAAUACUCACAAGUCCGCUCCGUUCAUAUGUCAGCGUCGUGGAAUCGCCGAAGAAGCGAGAACUGAGAACUGCAGCCCUGCAAGCGGGGAGGGCUUGUCUUUUGAACAGGCUGAUGGAGAUUCGGGGGAAUCUGAGGCCAGCUUACUUUGCCUACAGCAGCAGCAGCAGCAAUUCAUCGCAUUUGGAUAUCGCCAAUUUGCACUGCAUCUCCAUUGCGCAGCGCAGCGCAUCAUCGUCACCGCCGUACGCAAUGGAACGUAGCAGCCAACUCGCCGAUUCCCUAGCUGCAGGGUUGGAUUACCUACCAGAUAGGGCUGGGUGCGAUGCGGAAGAGAAUCCGUACCUGUCUCGGACUCGCUCGCGGAAUGCGGCCGGGGUGUCUGCGUCGAUUUUUGCUGUGCAGCACUCGAUACCGAUUCCGCACCCGCUGACAUGCAUCCUCCGUCCGAAUGUGUCCAAUGACUGGCGCCGCGAGCCGUCAAGUCACCAAUCAGGGAACACGGCGGAUAGUACUUUCAUAAUCCCCAAGUUGCGCACGGAGAUGUCCUGUGAGACGCUGUUAUGCUCACCGCUCGUGGCUUGUGCCACCGCAGCCGUAUCGUACCAUUGGUCAAAGGGACGCGCAUACCGGAUGACUCUUUGGCAUGUAUGUAUGUACUACCGAGGCAUGUUCUACGCUCCCGCUUCCGCGUGUGUGCCACGCGACUCGGACGAGGCUUUGCCUCCGCGGCCUGCCCCGGUGCAGAUUCGAAUACCCGUGGACGUGGACGAAAUCGGUUCGGCGAUGUGCGGCCGGAAUGUCGCCGUGAUGGGGGUUCUCGGUUGGGACAAGGCCCCGGGUACCGUACGGGGUUUACAGAAUUCCUAUGCGGCAUUGCUGCACGAUGUCGUCGUUCAUGGCUGGGGGUUCAACUCGGUCCGGCAUUUCGGGGUUAUCUUCUCAGGGUACGGACUUGCAUUGGAUUAUUCAAAUAGGGCGCCCUUUCGAAUGCCCCUUGCGGAGGAACUGCACCUCCACGGAAAUAAGAACGAGAUAUGUCCAGAAGAAGGGGGUUAG